AUGGCUUGGUUUGUUUGGAUGGCAAGAAAUAAGCUGAAAUUUGAUGAGGUCCAUUGGGAUGCCAAUGCCAUUGCCACUCACUGUUACAACUAUUUACAGAAACUGCACUGUCAUAGGAAACUUCCUGAAAUCCUAUGCACAUCCUCCCUCAUUGGUUCAAUGAAAUUUCAAGCUAUCCUUGUUCACUGGAAUUGUCCUCCUAUGGGUUGGCUCAAAGUCAAUACUGAUGGUAGCUUAAUUUCUCCUAAUGCUGGCUUUGGAGGAGAUUUCAGAAAUACUAGAGGUGAAUGCCUACUAUAUUUUCAGUCUCUUGCCAAGGCUGAAGACCCUCUAGAGGCUGAAGCCCAAGCUAUUUAUUGGGCUGUUUUCUUGGCCAUAAAGUGCAGUUCGAAUCUUUUAAUGGUGGAAACUUACUCCAUGAUCUUACUUAACAUCCUUGAAGGAAGGAUAUCUGCCUCUUGGUAUCUAAUUCAGUGGAUCACUAGUAUACAAACCUUGAGCUUGAAGAUAAAGUUGUCCCUUUCUCAUACUUUUAGGGAGGGUAACAGCCCUGCCAAUUGGCUUGCUAAGGCUAGCCUCCAUACUCAGAACACCAUAAUUGAUACUUGUACCACUCCCCAUUUAGAAUUACUGUUGAAUGAAGAUCUUGUUGAUCUAUAUUUCCUUAGAGUUUUGCCAGUUUAA